ACAGUAUAAAUCUGCCUCCAACACAGAGGUUUGGAAAUAGCAACAUUAGAAAUUUCCAUAAGAACCAUAAAACAUAAAAAUGACACAAAGAACUAAUUUAUCUGCCGCUUUUUGCUUCCAGAACUAAAUUUGUUUAUUAUUUCAUUAAAUCGACUGGACCAAAGAAGGAUCAGAAUAUCAGUAGAAAAAUAUUAUUCAAUAUUUUGGGAAAAUAAUAGAAAAUUAGAAUAAAUCAUACAAGCGACUUGAGCAUAUUAAUAUCUUUUAUCUCUGAAAUUGACCAGGACACUGAAGAACAUAAAUGAACUGAUUUUCCAUAGUUAAAUACAUCAAAUAAGACACUUUAAUUCAUAGACUGCAAGUUUUCCAAAAGUUAAAUUUACUAAAAGCAGUGUUUUGUUAUUAAUAUAAGGUUUAAAUGUUAAUAUAAAGCAGAUAAAUCAGAACAAUGCACUAAAACAUACUUGUUUUUCUUAGUUAUAUUGUAAAAUGUAUUGUAUGUUGUUGUUUUUUUUGUUUUUUAUGCUUAUAUUUAUGUCCCUUUUGACACAAUAGAAGAAAAAGUUCUGUAUCUGUUGAAGGCUCUAAGACAAAUACUUGAUUAAUAGACCGGGGUGUAAAUAAAGCCCGGAGUCAUUUAGUUGGUUUGCAGAAUAAAUUAGCACAUUUGAGAAAAGUCAUUUCAAAUUGCCACAUGUUUGUCAUUUCUGUCCUCCUCUCCUCUCAGUUGUUGAUCUUUUUGCGCCGAUGGAGCUCCUCCUCGCCAACAUCAGCUCCUCCAGGAGCACCGAGGCCCCUCAGCUGCUCCUCACCUCGUCCCAAACUAACUGCAGCACCUGGGAUCCACAGUGGGGGGCGCUAUAUCUGAAUAAGUUAACGCACCUGGACUUGCAGCUGUACCAGGACUUCUACUCUGUCUGGGUGUUUCUGAUGGUGAGGUGAUAAAUGAGGCUUUCAUCAAUCAUCUAUGAUUUUUAUUUCCCCCCCCGCACCCCCCCAGUCAUUUAGAAACAUUCAGAAAUAAACCCGAUGCAGACGUUUACAUCCGAGCCUCGUCUUUCCCUCCUUGCUGCAGGUUUGUAACUGUGCGAUGCUGGUGGUUGGUGUCGUCCUCAACAGUCUGGCUCUGUUUGUUUUCUGCCGGACCUCCACUCGUUCCUCGGCCUCUGUGGUUUACACCAUAAACCUGGCAGUCGCUGACCUGCUGGUGGCGCUGUCGCUGCCCGCCCGCAUCGCCCUGUACCACAGCGGUGGCAGCUGCGUGGCCUGCUCCUACGUCCACACCUUCAGCUACUUUGUCAACAUGUACUGCAGCAUCCUGUUUCUCACCAGUAUCUGUGUGGACCGAUACCUCGCUGUCGUCCACGCCGCCAGCACUCUGCAUCGAUGGAGGACAACCGGAGCAGCCAAGUGCGUCAGCGCCGGCGUCUGGUUCAUAGCAGUCGUGGUCACCUACUCUUUCCAGACCAGCGCGUUAAACUUCACCUCCUCCUGUGUGAGCCUCCCCACCCACUUCUACCUCACCGUUCUGGAGUUCCUCCUCCCCAUGCUGGCCGUGGUGGGGUUCACCGUCCGCGUCGCCUGCUUCCUCUCCUCACGCCGCGGCCUGAUUCCCCGGCACAGCAGGGCCAGGAGGAGCCGCGCCGUCCGGCUUUUGGCCGCCGUCCUGCUGGUUUUCACCAUUUGCUUCACGCCGUUCCACCUCCGCCAGGUGCUGGUCUACUUCCAGGUGAGGCUGGCAGGAGGAAGCGGCGGGCAGCGCGGGGCGGGACACGUGCUGGCCUAUCACCUCACGGUGAGCCUGAGCAGCCUCAACAGCUGCCUGGACCCGGUGGUGUACUGCUUCGUGACCGACAGCUUCAGGAGGAUGUGGAGGACGAGGAGAAGGACGACGGGGGGGAGAGACUCGAACGUUUCGAGCGGCGCAGAAGGGGAGCAGACGUCGGUCAAGAAAUGUCCGGGUACGGCCCUGGCGAUAGCUCAGAGCGUGGCCACGCUCACCCUGAGCAGCACCGUGACCUCCGCAGCCAACGUGGAGCGGUCGGCGUAGAGAGACGGAGCUUUCCUCGCCAGAACCCCGGGAGGAAAAACCAAUCCAGACUCAAAGAGGGAGACCAAGAGGACGUCAUAAUCACAUGUUUUUAGGCUCAUUCGCCUCUAAAUGGUGCUUAUUCUAGUAUCAGCCAUUAUUUCAAAUAAACACCAAAAGUUCCCCA